AAAUCUAAAACAAGAUACCCACCCACCCCCCGCCACCCUUCCCUCCUUUGCUCCCUCCUCCUUUUCGUGCUCCCUCCAAAACAGAAGCAAAAUGCCCUCUUUCAUCCUUGGGGAUCAGUGAUGUUAAGAGUUAGCCGCGGCGGAGGAAGCACUCACAUUGUGUGAAGCAAGAGACUGGCGGCAGUGAGGGCCCCGAUCUUUUCCUAUGGGAAGUUUGGGUCGCCUCUUGACCUCAGCAGAAGCAGCGGCGGCAGCAGCAGCUGCAGGUCUGCUUCCUUUUCUUUCAUCGUUCUCAGGACUGACUUGAGAGAACAUUUUGCCUAAAUUGGACUUGCAUUUUAUAUUUGUGUGAAGAGGACUAAAGUAAUGAGAAGUCAUCAUGGAAGCUCAAUCCCAUAGCUCUGCCACAAGUGAGAAGAAAAAGGUUGAGAAUCCCAUUGUAAAAUACCCUGCUCGAACAGAGGUCAGUGAGAAAGCUGCGGCCUCCAGCACAACAUCUAAUGAGGAUGAAAGUCCUGGACAAACCUAUCAUAGAGAGAGAAGAAACGCAAUUACAAUGCAGCCACAAAGUGGACAAGGCCUCAGUAAAAUCAGUGAAGAACCUUCCACAUCUAGUGAAGAAAGGGCUUCUUUAAUCAAAAAGGAGAUCCAUGGAUCUGUUUCACAUCUUCCUGAGCCUUCAGUACCUUAUCGUGGGACAGUCUUUGCCAUGGAUCCCAGAAAUGGUUAUAUGGAUCCUCCUUACCAUUCAGCCCCUGCUUUGAAUUCUUUAAAAUACUAUCCACCUCAUCUUUUCCCAACCUUUCACCCUCCAGUACCAAUUGACGCAAGGCAUCAUGAGGGACGUUAUCAUUAUGAUCCAUCUCCCAUUCCUCCACUACAUGUGCCUUCUGCUCCAGCUUAUUCAGACUUACCAUUCAUCAGAAUAUCCCCCCACAGAAAUCCUGCUGCAGCAUCAGAAUCUCCUUUUAGUCCACCUCAUCCAUACAUUAACCCUUACAUGGAUUAUAUCCGAUCAUUGCACAGCAGCCCUUCUCUCUCCAUGAUCUCAGCUGCUCGGGGACUGAGCCCUACAGAUGCUCCACAUGCAGGGGUUAGUCCAGCAGAAUACUACCAUCAGAUGGCUUUACUGGCAGGCCAGCGCAGCCCAUAUGCAGACAUCAUUCCUUCAGCUGCCACAGCAGGAGCAGGUGCCCUUCAUAUGGAAUAUCUCCAUGCUAUGGAUAGCACUAGGUUUUCAAGUCCCAGGCUUCCAACAAGACCAAGUCGAAAACGAACAUUGUCCUUAUCGCCGCUGUCUGAUCAUAGUUUUGACCUUCAGACCGUGAUCCGCACAUCUCCAAACUCCUUGGUGACAAUUCUGAACAAUUCCCGUAGCAGUUCUUCAGCUAGUGGGUCUUACGGGCAUUUAUCUGCAAGUGCAAUAAGCCCAGCGCUAAGUUUCGCAUACCCUCCCACACCAGUAUCCCUCCAGCAGAUGCAUCAACAGAUCAUCAGUCGACAGCAAAGUCUGAGUUCAGCCUUUGGGCAUAGUCCUCCACUCAUCCAUCCUGCUCCAACCUUUCCUACACAGAGGCCUAUUCCCGGCAUCCCUAAUGUCUUGAAUCCUGUUCAGGUCAGCUCAGGUCCUUCAGAGGCUGCACAGAGUAAGCCCACAAGUGAGUCUGCAGUGAGCAGCACAGGGGACCCAAUGCAUAACAAGCGUUCCAAGAUAAAACCAGACGAUGACCUCCCCAGCCCAGGAGCUGGAAGCAUGCAGGAACCACCGGAAGGAAUGACCUCAGUAAAGGAGGAAGGGGAGAAAGAUGAAAGCAAGCAAGAACCUGAAGUGGUCUAUGAGACAAACUGCCAUUGGGAAGGCUGUUCACGAGAGUUUGACAUGCAGGAGCAACUAGUGCAUCAUAUAAACAAUGAUCACAUACAUGGGGAGAAGAAGGAGUUUGUAUGUCGAUGGCUUGAUUGUUCUCGAGAGCAGAAACCAUUCAAGGCCCAGUACAUGCUAGUUGUACAUAUGAGGAGACACACAGGAGAAAAGCCACACAAAUGCACUUUUGAAGGCUGUAUGAAGGCCUAUUCCAGGCUAGAAAACUUGAAAACCCACUUGAGAUCUCACACUGGAGAGAAACCAUAUGUUUGUGAACAUGAGGGUUGUAACAAAGCAUUUUCAAAUGCAUCUGAUCGUGCCAAACAUCAAAACAGAACUCAUUCUAAUGAGAAACCCUACGUCUGCAAAAUACCAGGUUGUACAAAGCGCUAUACAGACCCAAGUUCUCUCCGAAAACAUGUAAAAACUGUGCAUGGUCCUGAAGCGCAUGUCACCAAGAAACAACGUGGAGAUAUCCAUCCAAGACAUCCACCACCAAGAGAUCAAGGCAGUCAUUCCCAAACCAGAUCCCCAGGCCACCUGACUCAGGGUGCAAUUGGUGAGCAAAAGGGCCUCAGCAACACUACCUCAAAGCAAGAAGAAUGCCUCCAAGUUAAAUCUGUUAAGUCAGAGAAGCCAAUGACAUCUCAGCCAAGCCCUGGUGGUCAGUCUGCAUGCAGCAGCGAACAGUCCUCCAUCAGCAACUAUGCCAACAAUGGGAUCGAGCUUAAUCUGACCAGUAGAGGUAGUGUAGGAGACCUCAGCAUUAUUGAUGAAACCCCUAUCAUGGAUUCUACCAUUUCUACAGCAACCACAGCUCUUGGCUUACAGGCCAGGAGGAAUAUGACCGAGACCAAGUGGAUGGAACAAGUCAAGCUAGAAAAGUUAAAGCAAAUUAAUGGAGUGCUUCCAAGACUGAACCCCAUGCCAUCUUCCAAAGCCCCAGCUUUGCCACCUCUCAUAAGAAAUGAUAUUCAGUCAACUAGCAGCUGCAGCAUUGGAGGAAACAUGACCAUCUUAACCAAGAAAAACGAAGUCACAAACACAGAUAUUACUAUACUGAACAUGCUAAACAGAAGGGAUAGCAGUACUAGCACAAUAAGUUCAGCCUACAUGAGCAGUCGUAGGUCCUCUGGGAUUUCACCUUGUUUUUCCAGUCGUAGAUCCAGUGAUGCUUCUCAGGGGGAUAGAAGGCUUCAGAAUCUCAGUGUUGCCGAUUCCUAUGAUCCCAUUUCAACUGAUGCUUCAAGGCGAUCCAGUGAAGUUAGCCAAUGUGAUAGUUUGCCUGGACUUCUCAGUCUUACUCCUGCGCAACAAUACCGGCUGAAAGCAAAAUAUGCAGCAGCUACUGGUGGACCUCCACCAACACCACUUCCUAAUAUGGAGAGGAUGAGCUUGAAAACAAGAAUGGCGCUCUUGGGUGAUUCUAGGGAAUCUGGGAUGUCACCCUUGCCUCCAGUAAAUUCUCCUCGAAGAUGUAGUGAUACUGGGGCAAAUAGUAACAGGAGACAUUUACUGCCUCAUGAUAUGCUUGGGAAUAGCACAAGGAGAGCUAGCGAUCCUGUAAGACCAGUCUCAGAUAAUCUAUCUUUUCCAAGAAUCCACCGUUAUAACAGUUUCAACAGCUUUAACCCUCCUGUUUUGCCUCCAUCCAUUGAAAAACAGAACUUCAUCCUGAAGAAUUACACACACCCAGAUGUUGGUUUGUUCCAGAAUUUAUGUUCCCCUUGCCCUCCAAGUAUUUCUGAGAAUGUGGAUAUGGAAGCUACUACCACAGAAGCAGAUGGUUGUCUGAAUGAUGAAGAUCUGUUACCAGAUGAUGUGGUCCAGUAUUUGAAUUCUCAGUAUAAAGGUUUGUACAAUCAAAUGCCAAAUGAUGAACUAGACAACAAAGAACAUCACAAUCCAGCAAUGGAAAACAAUAACUUUGAUCAAUCUCCUUCAAUAAGCAAUUCUCAGAAAAACGACCUACCAAUUCAGUGGAAUGAAGUAAGCUCAGGAAGUUCUGAUCUAUCUCUAUUAAAAUUAAAAUGUAGACCACAGUCCUUAAUACAGCAAACUAUUAUAGGCCCCUAUAAUAACUUGGUUAUCCAGCAGCAGCUGCAGCAGGCACUGGAGAGAAAUGGUACUACCCAACAAAAUGGCUAUCAGCAUCUUGCAGACAACAAUGUCUCUUGCAGUAUGGAGCAGAAUGUAAUCAUGAACAACAGUGACACAAGUUCUUACCACUUACACUCAAAUAAAUCACAGCUAUAUAGUAAUAAAUUUGGCAAACAACCUGUGGAAAAUGUCUGUGAUGUGAUGAAUCAAGCUGAAAAGCUGAGAAGCCAUUUCAUGCUAACUAGUGGAAGCCAGCAAAAUUUUGGCUAUCAUGUGAUGCCAGAUGAGCAGUCUGCCAAUGCAAUUAACAAGAUGCAGAGCAGAAAUAUAGUUUUUGAGGAAUACCUUUCUAAUCAAUCAGAAGAUGAAGUGAGCCAUUGCCAAGAAGCAAGACCUUCCAAUAAAAUGAUAAACCAAAUUAUAGUUCCCUUACAGCCUAGCUGUCAAGAACUGCUGUCUCAAAAUGGGACCCACCCAUCAGUUCUUGCUAAAACUUGCCAACCCUAUUCCAACCACUAUGGAGACAGAUGGCAAAACACUUUAAGGAACAACAUGGUGAGGCUACCUGGACUUCUAAUGGAUCCAAACCAACCACACAGGGUCACUGGUAUCAAGGUAGAAUCUCAAGGUCAGUUACAACAAUUCUGCUCCAAUGUGCAGAAUUAUUCUGGUCAGUUGUAUGACCAAACCACAGGGUUUAAUCAGCAAGCUCUGAAAGCAGAAGUUUUUUCCCUUUCAGAAGCUAAUUACCUAAUACAAGAGGUAGCUAUUGAAAGCACAUCAGAGCUUCUCUCCCCAGGGGUCAACCAAGUGACAAGUACAGUUGACAGCAUUGACACAAGCAGCCUUGAAAGUGUGCAAAUUGAUUUUGAUGCUAUUAUAGAUGAUGGUGAUCAUGCCAGCUUAAUUUCAGGAGCCCUGAGUCCCAGUAUCAUUCAGAAUCUAUCUGACAAUUCUUCCUGUCUUACCACUCCCCAAGCAUCUCUUACAUUCCCAGUUAUGCCCAUAAGUACAACCAAUAUGGCUAUUGGGGACAUGAAUUCUUUGUUGACCUCACUUGCAGAAGAAAGCAAGUUUCUUGCUGUUAUGCAAUAGACCUAAAAACUUAGGGUAUGAGAAUUUUUAAAAUGUGAUUUUUUUUUUAAUUAGUUGUCUUAAGUACUUUAACAGUCUCAUCUCAACUAAAUGAGAUGUGUUUCAAGUAUAUUCCUUUUAUGGAAUUAUAACUCUGAAAAACCCUAAAGUGUUCUAAGGAGAAACUGUCUUCCGUUUCAGCUUUGAAUCAGUAUUGUUACACAUGCCAUCCCCCUUUUUUUAAUUAUUAUUUUUUUAUACGACUUUAUUUUUGUAAUUGUAAACCACUGUAAAAGUGUAAUGUGCAUGUCAGCUUAUUUUUGAGGAUGAUCUGAUAUUACAAUUUAUUGAUACUCAAAAGAAAAUACAGUGUUGAAUGAUUAUGGCCAGAACUCUUACUGUAUAUAAUCAGUUUCUAAGGCACAUUUCUGAGGGAAGAUUUGAAAUUCUAUCCACCUCACUAUAAACUUCAUUGAUGAAAAUUGUUGAAAGCAAAUACUUUAUGGCAUUGGAGGAGAAAAUUAAUACUUUGAGUGAUUAUUUCUUUUGCUCUAUGUCUGUGGUUUUUAAACUUUUAUUGAGGAAAAAUCCCUUUUCUAUAUCAUUUGCCUGCUGCAGAACUUUUCAGAAUUUUCAUGCAAAAAGUGGCUUGCUCUGUUGGAUUUCAUCAUUGUCAUGUGUAAACUAACAGCAUGAUUAAGAUUAUAGUGGAUUAUAUUACAAGGAGAAGAUCAAAGGCAAUGAACAAAGUGCCAGUCUGAGAAUUCUGCUUACUGUUACUUAUUCUCACACUUUAUUAAUAGCUUCCAAGAAACUCUAAAGCUGUCUAGAACUCAAGGUAGAAACCAUUGCUCUAGAUUGAGAGAAUAGCAAAAAUCAAACCUGAAAUUUAUUCUAAUAAAAGUAUUAAAAUGGGCAAAGGGGAGAGUUAAGUAUUAGAUAUCCUGCUCUUGUCAAAAAUUAAAUUAGCUUUUUAGCCAGUGGGAUAUAACAAUAAGACUCAUUUUUAUAUACAUUGUGAUGCAUCUAUUAGGAUAAACAUGUUACUGUUCACCUCUAUUACAAAUCUUCUUACUGAGGCUUAAAUUUAAAUAAAAUAUGCACUUUUAAGGAAAGAUUAGUUAACAUUCUUGCCAUGUGAUUUACAUUCUUCUAAGGAUUCAGUGUCUUUCAAAACUUUUGUUCCUUUUAAUCACUGUCAAUUUACAAUUGGAACAUUAACCAGAACUUCAGAAUAAUGUAAUGGUACUAUAAGUGUCUCACAAUUGAAACCUCUGAUAGAACUCCAUUCUUGGAGACAUGGAAGAGUUAACACUGAUUAUUCUUGUUUCCUGAUCCACAUUUAGUUUUUCAGCAAAGUACUGGCAAAUGCCAGUCUGAAAAUCUUAAGUCUGAUAAUAUGAAUAUACUAUAUAAUACAUUCAUUCAUACAGUAUUUAAUAUACCAAAAGCAAACAAUCUGAUCAAAGGAAGGCAAUAGCAAAACAAUAGCAUAGUUGCUAUGCCUGUGUGUUUAAAUAGAAUAGGCAAUUUUCCAGUACAUUCACUGUUCAAACAUUAAUAUAGUAAGACCAGAAUUGAUAGUGCUUACACUGAUUUACAUUAAUAAAUAUGUGUAUCUAAAAUAUUUAAAAUGUUACUCAUUCUUUGAGAUUUUGCAUAUAGUUUAUCAUAUUUUGAUAUCUCUUGUUAUACUUUUAUUAUUCCAGAUAAUCCAGUUUCUUGAAUUACUUGGCAUUUGCAAUUUAUUUAUUUUAUCUUAGCUCUGCAUUUCUCAACUGCUAUUUUAGUUAUUUUUAAUGUUACUACACAUUCCAAAAUAAACUAAUCAUAAUAAGAUUCAUUUAUUUGGUAUAAUGAAUCUAACGUGUAUACACUUUAUGGCAGCAAAGAUUGCUUCCCAGUAUUUCAGGCAAAUAAUAAAAUGACUGAAAACUCAGUUAUGGAGAUUGUUUCACAACUCAGGAGUUUUAAUGAAGACUUUAUUGUUACAUAUUUCCCAAAAACUUCUAUUGCUGUUGGACUGAGACUUUGGUGUUGAAGUAGUAGACUUUGCUAAACCGCCGUAUAACUUCUUAGUUAAUCAACUGUGUCAGAAUUAUAAUACCAUGUUUUCUGCAUCCAAUUUCUUAUGGGCAGGACUCAGGAAAUAUUACUGAACUCUACUUGAAUCCUUUGAUUGAGUCCUGUCAAAUGAGAUAUUUGGGAUGUUUUCAUAAAUUUCAUUUCCAGUGAGGCCUGGACAGUUGAAUUCUAGCCACUGCAUUAUACUAAUUAAAAUACUUUUUUCUGACUCCACAGAUAGCCUGUAACUUUUAAAAACACUUUUACCACAUGGAUACCCAAAUUAUGAUGACAAUUUUGGCUAAUAACUGGUGGAUAUAUUUUCUGCUUGAUUGUGGGAUUGAUAGCCCUCUGAUAAAUAUUUCUAUUUAUUUUUAUUAUUUAUUGUGUAUUGGGUCCAAACUGGGUCUUAAUUAAAAUAGACAUUGAAAUCAGUGAGACUGAAUAAUUAAGUCUGAGUCCCAAUACAAAAUAAAUAAUAUUGCAUAUCUUUCUGGGUUUAACAAUAGGUGCAGAAUAAUAUAAAAUUAAGGUGAAAAUUGUAAUUUACCCAUUGCAGCUCUUGUGCAGAGUAAUACUUGUUUACUGAAAAAGCAACCAAUCUUAGUGACUGAAGAAGCUACUUUUCCUACCAUUCAAAUGUUCUUUUAUAAGAUCCAUAUAAAAGACAGAUGUAUUUAUUAUGCUUUCAUUUCCAUUAAAAUUUUCCUUAUUAAAUUACACUGACAACAAAAGAAAGGACAACUUUUUGAAUUAUUAUCAUUCCAAUAAUUUAAUUUUGUAAAAUACAUACCUAAGAGACAUUAUGUUUUCUUGCAUAUCUGUUGAGAUGAGACAAGGUGUAAGCUUCUCAGUGUUGCUUGAUAAUUGCUGAUGUUUUGCUUUAUGUUUCCUUAAUUGAAGCUCUUCACAGAGUGGCCAUUAUUUUAAUUCCUAUAAGCUGGGCUGGAAAUAUUAAUGUGAAGGGCUUUUUUUAGUGAGUAGUUUGAACUUACUGCAAAUCUGCUGCACCAGCUAAGACUUAAAAGUCAUGAGAAUUUUAUCUUCCCAAAUGCUUGUUAAAAAAUUAAAUCUGAGACUCUUUCACAAGAUUCCUAAGUCCAUUUAGGUUGACCGCUAUAUUAGUAAUAUAUUAUAUGCAUAAUUUCUGUGUCACCUAAUUCUGCAGAAUGGUUUAGAUUACACAUCAAAAGCAUAAAUAAUUAGUUAUAUACCUCAUUCUAUGCAUCACCUAGUGCUAUGCAUGCAUCUUAAUGGUACAGUAUAUGCAGUUUGCCUAAAUUGGUGUGUCAAACUGGCAGCCCAUGGGCUGGAUGCAUCAUGCACAGGCCAUGCCCACCCCAGCUCCACGAAGAGAAAAUGUCACAAAAUGUCACAUGAUGGCAACGAGUUUGACACUGUGGCCUAAAUAAUAACCAUUACUAGCUCAGCCAGUUAUAAAAGUGGGUUCCAUUUGUGAAUUUGGUAGGAAUUUUAAUAGCAGAAACCUUAACUGGAUAAUGUAAACAUUAUUAUAAAUCUGUCUUUCCAAACCUUGUGCCCUUCGAAUGUAUCUUCUCCUUCUCCUUCUCUAAAUGACUGAGACUAUAUUUAAAAAUACCUAGAAAGAAUCACAUUUGGGAAAGUUGCUAUAUCCAUUUAAUUUCUGUCAUCAGAAACUAAGUGUUGAGUUUCUGAAAUCAAAUAAAAUGUUGCUGGAUACAGUAGUUUAGUUUUUUUAAUGAAUUACUUUCCUUUAUUAUCUGAUAUAAUAUUGUCACUUACAUACAAGUAGGUAUACUUGAAUUAAUAAAACAUAUGUUUGGAUAUGCCUAACUUGUCAAUCUAGAGAAGCACUGAAGAAAUAAGACUGAGAGAUCAUUGAGAGUUUUAAGGAAAUGCAGCUAGACUCAGAUAGAAAAGAACUUUCCAGAAUGGAAUGUAACCUAAAACUAUGCACUUAAAUAUCAAGAGAGCAAUGUAUACUUUCAUUCAUACUGAAAGAAAAUUGUGAUAUGGUACUAUGUUCAAAAAUAUUGGUUUCUUGCUUUGGUUAUUUGUUUUUGGGAUGUCCUCUUUUCAUUUUUUUAAAAAGCUGUGUUUCUCUUCCUGUAAUAGAUGUGCCUUAUUCUUAAUUAAUCUGUUGUUUUUUUUAAAAAAAGUUGGGGGACCAAAAAAUAGUGCCAAACUUUAACUGUAAAGCUUUGCUUUCCAUAAUAGCUUUACUACUCUUAAGAAGACUGUCUGAAUACUGUCCUGUGACUCUUGGGCAUUCAUAUGUCAUUUUCUAUGUAGGAUUUGAAUAUCUUUUGGGGGAAAGUUAUUGUGUCAAUCUGCAGAUGUAUAAGAUAGAACGGUUGUUGGGGUGGUAUUUUCUUUUACUUUUAUAAGUGUAUUUUUUUAAGAAAAGAUCAAUGUGUAAAUACAUUUACAUAUAGUAGGAAUAGCAUUAAAUGUAGAAGAUCUUAGUGGUCUUCAUUGAUAAAUUUGCAUUCAUCAUCUAGUGUUCUUGGAGCCUUAGAUCAGCCUAAACAGUCAUAGUUGGUGUUCAAAGGCUUUCAAAAGCAUUUAGUUCUUUUGUAAUGAGGGAUAAAAUGUUUAUUACAAUGUCAAUAAAACGUUUGUACUUAA